AUGGGCGUCACGGCCGCUCCUGAGCCGGAAUCGUCACCAAUCGAGCAGGCCAAAAAGAAGGCCGCCUAUGCUUGCGCAGAAAAAUACGUUCACAGCAAUUGUCGGCUCGGAGUCGGCUCGGGGAGCACAGUAAAAUAUCUUGUCGAGUAUUUGAAGCAAAAAACGAUCGUCGGCGCCAUCACAAAUCUCAUAUGUGUUCCGACGAGCUUCCAGACAAAGCAAUGGCUCAUUGAGUCCGGACUCAAUGUUUCCGAUCUUGACUCGACUCCUGUGCUUGAUGUGUGCAUCGACGGAGCCGACGAGGUGGAUUCGCAAUUCACUUGCAUCAAAGGUGGCGGCGGUUGUCUCGCUCAAGAGAAGAUUGUCCAAAACGCAGCGAGUCACUUCUAUGUGAUUGCUGACUAUCUCAAGGAUUCUGUAAACCUCGGAGAUCGCUAUCAGAACAUUCCGAUCGAAGUGUUGCCGAUCGCCGCCCAACCGCUGCUACGCUCGAUUCCACAAAAAUAUGGCGGAAGUGCUCAACUCCGAAUGGCGGUCCGCAAAUGCGGACCAGUGGUGACCGACAACGGAAAUUUCAUCAUCGAUUGGAAUUUCGAGAAGAAGACGCCGCGCAAUUGGCACGAGAUUCAACUGCAACUCGCCAACACGCCGGGAAUCGUCGAGACCGGCUUGUUCAUCGAUGUCGUCGACGCCGUCUUCUUCGCAUACAGUGACGGAAGCGUCAAAGAGAUUAAUAAUCCCAAGAAACAGCCGCAGUGA